AAACAACGAAGGUGAAAGGGGAAAGAAGGAGAGUUUGAAAAAGGUUUGAUGGUGAGAGAGGUGCUUCCGCCAUCUCCGAUCCGAAGCAAUGUUUAUGCAAACGUAAUUCUCACACUUUUCUUUUCUGGUUCACCUUUCCCUUCCCAACAACACUUUCAUCAACCCAUCUAAUCCAAUCCCACAAACACAACUACUUACAACUAAACCUAUCACAGACACAAUAAUAAUAAUAAUAAUAAUUUUAUUUUAAAAAAACUAACAGAUCGAUUUCUUUCUCCACCCCAUCUUCAAAAAUCUCACCUUUCUUCAAUUUUGGGUAAUAACCCUCAAAACCCUAACCCUAUUUCCCCUGUGAUCUUUCCAUGGCUGAGAUGUAUUUGCAUUUGGGUGUGUUUCUGUGCGUGCUUUUUGUGUGCUGCUCUGCCACUUCACAUUCUUCCUUCGGGUCGCGUCGUUCGAUACUUCGAGAGGUCAACGACAAUGGUAAAAACGGCGGUGAUCAUCCUGAUUAUGCUGUUGAGCUUAAUGCCACCAAUUUCGAUGCUGUUCUGAAGGAUACCCCUGCUACUUUCGCUGUCGUUGAAUUCUUUGCUCAUUGGUGCCCUGCAUGCAGGAAUUAUAAGCCUCACUAUGAAAAGGUUGCAAGGUUAUUUAAUGGACCUGAUUCAGUGCAUCCAGGAAUCAUAUUAAUGACAAGGGUAGACUGUGCAUCAAAGAUAAAUACUAAGCUCUGUGAUAAGUUUUCUGUCGGACAUUAUCCUAUGCUCUUUUGGGGCCCUCCUACAAAAUUUGUUGGUAGUAGAUGGGAACCUAAACAAGAGAAAACUGAUAUCCGUGUGAUUGAUGAUGCACGCACAGCUGACCGGUUGCUUAAUUGGAUUAACAAACAAAUGAGCAGUUCAUUUGGCCUGGAUGAUCAGAAAUUUCAAAAUGAGCAUCUUUCAUCCAAUGUAUCAGAUCCUGGACAGAUUGCAAGAGCUAUCUAUGAUGUUGAAGAGGCAACUUCUACAGCUUUUGACAUCAUUUUAGAGCACAAGAUGAUAAAACCAGGAACUCGUGUUUCACUUAUAAAGUUUCUUCAGCUUUUGGCAGCUCAUCAUCCUUCUAGGAGAUGCCGGAAGGGUACCGCUGAACUUCUUGUCAGCUUUGAUGACUUGUACCCAACAGAUUUUUGGUCAAGUAAUAAUCAGGAAGAUGAAAAAAGUUCAGUUAGGAACUUAAAGAUUUGUGGAAAAGAUGUGCCUCGUGGAUACUGGAUGUUUUGUCGUGGCAGUAAGAACGAUACCAGAGGCUUUAGUUGUGGUUUAUGGGUGCUUCUGCAUUCACUCUCCGUCAGGAUUGAAGAUGGAGAGAGUCAGUUUACAUUUAAUGCAAUAUGUGAUUUUGUUAACAACUUCUUCAUCUGUGAGGAAUGUCGACAACACUUUUACAAGAUGUGUUCAAGUGUUUCUAGUCCUUUCAACAAAGCCCGUGACUUUGCUAUCUGGUUGUGGAGUACACAUAACACGGUUAACGAAAGGUUGAUGAAAGAAGAAGCAUCACUGGGUACUGGUGAUCCCAAAUUCCCAAAGAUAAUUUGGCCACCAAAGAAGCUUUGCCCUUCCUGUUACCUAAGCCUUGACCAGAGGAACAACAAAAUUGAAUGGAACCGAGAUGAGGUCUUCAAGUUUUUGACUGAUUACUAUGGAAAAACGCUUACUUCUCUGUACAAGGACAGGAAUAUUGUUGGAAAUGACGGAAGUGAAGGAGCUGCUGAAGAUCUAAUAGUAGCAACUCAUGCAAUUGUGGUGCCUGUAGGAGCUGCAUUGGCUAUUGCUAUUGCUAGCUGUGGUUUUGGAGCACUUGCUUGCUACUGGCGUUCACAGCAAAAGAGUCGGAAGUAUUUUCACCACCUACACUCUUUAAAGAACAUUUGAUAAUUAGGAGGGCCAAAGAGAACGUGGAAGUAGGAAUGGUAGACAAGUGCACUGAAACGCAUAUAAGGUGCAUGCAUAGCAGCUUUCAUAGGGAUCCAAUUUAUUAUCUCACUCCAAAGAGCCUUGCCAAGUUCCUUUUUGAAUCUAUUCUUCCUUAAUAGAAUGUACAGAAUACAAUUCUUACUCUUGGAGAUCAUUACUGAUCUGUGCUAUUUUCUUUCACUUACUUUUUGGCGUUGAGCUCAAAUAUACUACUCUACAGGCUACAGCCUAGAAAAUUUGGGGGAAAGGAGCACAUGACGUAACAUUUUUGCUAUGUAAUUUGGGGUUAUUUUUUUUAUUGUCAAAUUAAGUGUAUAAACUAUAAGCAUGAAUUACAUUAUUGUCUGGUUUACUUUUAGUAAGCAGUUGAACAAAAACACGAGUCUCAAAUAGAUUUUCAUUUGAUGAGAAAGAAUAUGUUAAAAACAUUUGUAGGUCUUUGCUAUGUAAUUUGGGGUUCGAUUGAAUUUUCUAACAGGUUCAUGCGAUAUAAUUGAAUAUUUUAAUAGUUU